AUGCCAGCUUCAACGACCACUGCCAGACACCAGGUCUCCGUUUUAUUCGGACCGCAGCGCAACGAUGUCGAUGUGGUCUUGGCUAAAAUUAGUACGACUCUCGUUGAAGAUUCAUCUCUUCAAUUUAUCCAUGGAAUUUUGCAGGAGCUGCCUUCCCUCUGGGUUGACAUUACUAAGGCCUGGCCAUCCCUCUGUCGAGUUCCAGGGGACGAUCAGAUCAUCGCAUUGCUACAACAGUUACAAGGUUCGCCGUCAGCAACCACGGCAGAACCUAUGAAUGUGAUCAUGACGCCCCUCACCGUGAUUACUCAUAUAUUGGACUUCGUCAAGCUCAAGGGCUCAAUUGGGGAGCAGAACGUCAUUGACGCUCAAGGGUUCUGCGUGGGAUUUUUGGCGGCGAUCGUGGUCGCUUGCUCCAAGGGUGAGGACGAGUUUCAGUCACUCACAGCAACAAUUGUCCGGAUAGCCGUCUGCAUCGGUGCCUUGGUGGAUUUAGACGAGUUAGUCCAUGGUACUUCUAGGUCUAUUGCCGUCAGGUGGAAAGACCUCGCAGGCUGCAAGGUGUUUCAACAAGUGCUGGCAUCCCAUUCGAAGGCCUAUACGUCAUGCGAGUUGGACACCAAUAGUGUGACAGUAACCGUUCCAGAGGAAGACAUGGACGCCUUGGUCAAAGAUAUUGCAAGUCGCAAUUUAUCGGCGAAGCCCAUUGCUCUAAGAGGAAGAUUCCACCACGAGGUACACAAAGUGGCUGUACAGCAUAUUGUCAAGUACUUUGAGCAGGACAUGCGUUUCCGGUUACCCAGUGGGAGUGGUAUUCUCUUGCCUCUUCGAUCCAACGUGGAUGGGAACGUGAUAGUUAAGGGAGAUAUGCUCCUCAUUGCAUUGGAAUCGAUCCUGGUCAUGCAAUGCAAGUGGCUUCCAACUGUUGCAGGUGCAUAUAACACCAUAAGGCAAACCAACGACGCUGCUCGCUUGUUGGCCGUCGGCGAGAGUUCCAUUAUACCCCGGAGUGUGAGCAAGGACUCGGUACAGCAGAAUGGUCGUCAUGACUUGUGCCAAGACAACGACAGGCUUCCUAAUGGGCUCUCCAAUGGCCUCACUCCUACGAACGGGGUGGAAACCGCAGAGGAUAUGGCGGACUGCCGUCUCAACGGUCAUGGUGACGACCCAGUAACCCCAAUUGCAAUUGUCGGAAUGGCUUGUCGGUAUCCUCAAGCCGACUCUGUGGAGGCGUUAUGGGACAUGCUCGAAUUAGGGCGAUGCGCUGUCAGCGAGAUUCCCAACGAUAGAUUCAAAAUGAAUGAGCUUCUACGGCAGCCGAAGGGGCCGUUCUGGGGAAACUUCCUAGAUCAGCCGGAUGCUUUCGAUCAUCGGUUCUUUGGUAUCUCAGCUCGGGAAGCAGAAGCCAUGGAUCCUCAGCAGCGACUGCUACUACAGGUCGCAUACAAUGCCAUGGAGUCGGCCGGCUACUGCGGGAUCUCUGCUUCGUCAUUGACUUCGGAUAUUGGCUGCUAUGUUGGUGUUGGCUCGGACGACUACACGGAUAAUGUUGGAUCCCGCGACUCUAACGCAUUUUCCGCCACCGGAACUCUCCAGGCAUUCAACAGCGGGCGGAUAAGCCACUACUUUGGGUGGAGUGGUCCGUCAUUGACUGUUGAUACCGCUUGUUCGUCAGCUGCUGUAGCCAUUCAUUUGGCCUGUAAAGCCCUCCAGGCAAAAGAAUGCUCGAUUGCCAUGGCUGGAGGGGUGAACGUCAUGACCAGUCCCAAAGUGACCCAGAACCUCGCCGCUGCCUCUUUCCUGUCCCCGACUGGUGCCUCCAGGGCAUUUGAUGCAGGUGCAAAUGGAUACUGCCGUGGUGAGGGCGCAGGGCUAGUGAUCCUGCGACCAUUGGAAGAUGCUCUUCGCAAUCAUGACACAAUUUUAGCUGUCAUCGCGGGAUCGGCAGUUAACCAAGGAUCCAACUGUUCUCCGAUCACUGUCCCAGUCUCAGAAUCUCAACAGUCCCUAUAUCGUAAGGCUCUCGCUGCUGGGGCGACAUCUCCACACGAAGUUACUUAUGUCGAGGCCCAUGGUACUGGGACGCAAGUGGGAGAUCCCAUCGAAUUUGACAGCAUUCGUCAGGUUUUUGGUGGUGCAAAUCGAGCGGAAAGGCUUUGGAUUGGGUCUAUCAAAGACAAUAUAGGUCACACUGAAACCUCAUCCGGAGUUGCUGCGCUGUUGAAGACAGUCAUGAUGAUUCAAAAGGCCAGAAUCCCGAAGCAGGCAAACUUUUCUCGAUUGAAUCCCAAAAUACCUUCUUGCCACAAAGAGAAUAUUGCUAUUUCCGAAAAAUCUACCAACUGGGAGUCCUCACAUCCUGUGGCCAUGGUCACAAACUACGGCGCCGCCGGGAGUAAUGCAGCUCUUCUUGUUAAGCAGCACCGGAGACCAUCGGACAGUUCCGACCACGCCAAAGGGGGCAUGUCAGAAGUCCCAAUUUUCAUUUCAGCGAAGUCCACAGAGUCACUUCGCGCUUACUGUGAGGUUCUUCAUAAAUUCGUCACCAAGGCAUCAGUCCAGCGCCAUGGAGACGUGAUACAAGAUAUCGCAUAUAACCUCGCAAUCAAACAGAACAGAAAAAUGGACUACGUGGCCACUUUCUCAACAGAUUCUAACGAUACCGCGAGUUUUCUGGACCAGCUCACUGCAGUGAUCUCAAAUGAUGCAUGCACACAAAAGAAACUAGCAAGCCCACUCCCCGUGAUCCUCUGCUUCGGGGGCCAGACUGGGAAUACAGCAAAUAUAUCAGAAGACCUGUUCAAUUCCUGUGGACUACUUCGGCUUCAUAUAAUGGAAUGUGAACGCACUUGCCAAACCCUGGGUCUUCCCAGUCUGUUCCCAACGAUCUUCCAAUCCAGUCCAAUUGAAGAUCUGGUAUCCCUCCAUUGCAUACUUUUCUCCAUUCAAUACGCGUCUGCAAAGGCUUGGAUAGACUCGGGGCUAAAGGUGGACCGCAUCAUUGGGCACAGCUUUGGCCAACUCACCGGGCUUUGCGUUGCGGGCAGCCUAGGUCUUUCCGAUUGUAUGACGCUCAUCUCUCAGCGAGCCGGUCUGAUCCACAGCAGCUGGGGUCUGGAACAUGGCAGCAUGCUCUCCAUAAAGGGUGCAAAGGAAGACGUCAGAGUCUUGUUGAAUGGCUGCAACAAUACUGUCGAUAUCGCGUGCUUCAACGGCCCGCGAGACCUGGUCGUUGCUGGGGAGGAGGUAUCCAUCGCAAAUCUCGAAAUUAUGGCUGCAGAUGGAUCCAUGUCUAUACAAACAAAGCGUCUCCGCAGUACCCAUGGCUUCCAUUCUCGACUGGUCGACAGGAUUGUUCCUGGCCUCACCACAGUCGCCCACUCACUAGUGUACCAUGAGCCACGAAUUCCUAUAGAGGCCUGCUCUGAGCUGGAUGAUUGGACUUGUGUAACUCCCACAAAAAUCGUCCAGCACAGCCGUAUGCCUGUGUAUUUCGAAUCUGCUGUCGAGCGGGCUGCACAGAAGGCUUCUGGGCCAGCAAUCUGGCUCGAGGCUGGAUCAGGGUCUCCCGUGGUCCCGAUGGUUCGACAGAUUAUCCAGUCCUCUCAAUCGUCAGAAGGGCAUGUGUUUCAAUCGACAAACCUCGAAGGCCCACAAGCACAGCGCAACAUUGCUAAGGCCACAUCGAAUCUUUGGUCAAAGGGCGUCGAAGUGCAAUUUUGGGCUUUCAGUCAUUACCAGGCAGCAUCUUACAAGUCGAUAAAUCUACCACCUUAUCAAUUUGCGAAAACCAAGCAUUGGAUUCCAAUUGAUCCAUUUGCGUUCCUUCCCCUGCCACCACCGUCACUGCCAGAUGAUCACGGUGGUCUCGUCAGGAUUGUGGAACAAAGCUCCGGGAAAACCGUUUUCUCCGUUCAAGCUUCCCACCCGGUGUACCGCUUGUGCGCCCAAGGCCAUUCUGUCGUUGGACAACAUCUGUGUCCUGCCUCUCUUUAUAUUGAGAUAAUUUUGGAGGCAGCGAAUAAGCUAGACCCGGAGGGACUCUCUGGAUUUAUGCCACAUAUACAAAAUCUGAGCAUCUCUGCCCCACUGCUUCUCGAGUCCGAAGGAGAUGUCUGCCUCCAGUUAUCACGAACUGACAUCCAGCUGAGGUGGUCAUUCUGUCUCUUCACACGCCAGGGGAAGUCAGGUCCAGAGACACAUGCGACUGGCGAGAUCGGACUUCAUAAAGUGGAAGGAACGACCCAGGCUUGCUCACGUUUCCGGUCCCUCGACCGUCUCAUUACUCCAUCUCGUUCACAUGCCAUUGCAAAGUCAUCAGGUUCUAGUGGCUUAAUGGGGCUACCUGUUUACCAGACCUUUAAUCGAGUCGUUGCCUAUGCAGACUACUUCCGAGGGGUUAAACAUGUGUUUGCGAAUGGAAAUGAAGCUACCGGUCUCGUCUCCUUGCAAGAAUCUCAAACUGCAAAUGGCAUCUGUGACCCCAUCCUCGUGGAUAAUUUCCUUCAGGUGGCUGGUAUUCAUGUCAACUGUUUGUCUGAAGUACGCGACGAUGAGGUCUUCGUCUGUAGUGCAAUAGGGGACAUCUUUUUGAGUGAUUCCUUUAUCAACAGAGAUACCAAGUCCACUGGAACUAGCACAACGUACACAAGCUAUGAUCGACUAUCUAAGAAGCAAUUUAUGUGUGAUAUUUUCGUUUUUGACCCCGAAAACGGCAAAUUGCUUCUCGCCAUCAUGUCUGCAACCUUUACCAGUGUUCUGAUGUCGAAUCUGUCUCGCGCUCUCAGAAGACUGAACAAGGACGCAACUGAGCCGAACCCCCAGUCAAGUGAAGGAAAACCCCAGCUUGAGACCCAAGAGGUCUUGACGAGAAACUCUCAGAAUCCUCAGCAAGUAGUUGGAGCCGGCGGCGGGCACAUAGAGGCCGUUCGGGAAAUGUUCCACAAUCUGCUAGGCAUCCCGCUGGAGGAGCUACUUCCGUCCUCGAGUCUUGAAGAUAUUGGCGUUGAUUCGCUCAUGCGAACUGAAGUUCUGGCUGAGAUCAAUAAACGCUUUAACUUCAACCUAACCACCGCUGCCUUGAUGGAGACAUUUGAUAUUCAAAGUCUGGCCAACAGGAUAUUCCCGGAUGCUUCCUCCGAAACUGUAAAAGUCUCAGCCCAGGCUCAAGCGGCUAUCGAGGUCUCAGUGGAGCAGAGGUCAUGGCAGGAUAGGGACAUUGACGCAGCACCGGACACACAUAAAUAUCUUGCUCUGGCCGAGCUAUCGAGAAACCUGUUUGCCAACCUCAAAGGAACUACCAUCCACGGUCAAAAAACCCAGUGGACUGGUUUCUGUGAUUCCGUCUAUCCUCAGCAGAUGGCUCUUGUAACAGCGUAUGUCGUCGAGGCUUUCCGAGAUAUGGGGAUCCCGCUUGAGUCUUUCGGGCCCGGACAGGUUAUUCCGCAGCUUCCAGUGUUGCCUCAACAUCAGCAGGUAAAGGCUCAGCUCUAUUCAAUCUUGGAAUACUCCAAAUUGGUCCGAAGGGAAGGAGACGUUCUUAUACGACGCGAAGGACCCAUUCCCACCACGCCUUCCUCUACCCUACACGAGCAGAUCGUCCGAAAAUACCCUCGUCAUGAAUCUGAGCACAACCUUCUCCGAACCACUGGAUCCAAACUGGCUGAGUGCCUGACUGGCUUGGCUGAUCCUCUGACCCUUCUGUUCCAGGACAAGGAGGCACGUGAACUGAUCGGGAAUGUAUACACCCAUGCACCAAUGUUCCUUUCCGCAACAAUGCACUUAACACAAUUUCUCCAUGAUGUCCUCAGCCAGUGUGAUACUAGUAGAGAGAUCAAGAUUCUCGAAAUCGGUGCUGGCACUGGUGGUACUACCGGCUUCCUCCUCGGCCAACUCGCAGACGUUUCUGGGCUACGCUUUCAGUACACCUUCACCGAUAUCUCAUCAUCGCUGGUUGCAUUAGCUCGAAAGAAGUUUCGAAAUUACAGUUUCAUGAGCUAUGCAACUCUCAAUGUCGACCAGGAUCCUCCUGAAGCAAUGUUAGGGCAGUAUGAUGUGAUCAUCUCGUCAAACUGUGUUCACGCCACUCCCAGCAUCAUGAGAUCAACCAAGAAUAUCCGUAGGCUUCUGCGACCGGACGGGAUUCUUUGUUUGAUAGAGCUGACCCGCAACCUGUUCUGGUUUGAUCUGGUGUUCGGAUUACUCGAGGGCUGGUGGAUGUUUGACGAUAGUCGACAGCAUGCUCUUGCUAGUGAACAUACUUGGAAUAAGGCCCUUCGCCAGGCUGGCUACCAAUGGGUUGACUGGAGUAAUAACCCUGCAAAGGAAUCUGAGAUUUUACGAUUGAUUGUGGCCUCCCCUGCCAACGUCGGCUCCCCUGAAGCUACCUUAGUCACCGAAGAGUCCGUGAGUUUUGCUGAGAAGGAUGGUAUCCAGCUACAGGCGGACAUCUACUAUCCUCCUGAUAUUGAGACAUCAAGCCGGUCUCGGCCUAUCGCCCUCAUGAUUCAUGGAGGUGGUCAUGUCAUGCUUUCUCGCAAGGAUAUCCGCCCCAAGCAAACCGAAAUGUUGCUUGCCGCAGGAUUCUUGCCAGUCAGUAUCGAUUACCGCCUCUGUCCAGAGGUCUCGCUCUUAGAAGGGCCUAUGGAAGAUUCUCGGGAUGCCCUUCGGUGGGCUCGUCAAGUGUUGCCGGGCUUGGUGCUCCAACGCCCUGACGUACAACCUGACGGAGAUUACGUCGUGACCGUUGGGUGGUCAACUGGUGGACAUCUUGCCAUGACACUUGCCUGGACAGCUGCUGAAGUUGACGUCCGCCCGCCGGAGGCAAUCCUGUCGUUCUACAGUCCCACGGACUAUGAGGACCCCUUCUGGAGUCAACCUAACUUGCCAUUUGGUCAUCCUGCUCUUUCCAGUGACACAUACAACCAGUGGGAAGCCAUUCAAGAUAAGCCUAUCAUCUCAUAUAAUCCGUCGUCCUCGUUGGGCGGUUGGAUGAACCCUAGUGAUGCUCGCAGUCGUAUAGCAUUACACAUGAACUGGACUGGCCAGACAAUCCCUUUCCUGCUGAACAGUCUGGGUUCUCGUCAGAAGAGUCAGAUGACCAAAUUGGAAGCACCGAGCAUCCAAGAUAUCCAGGCCAUUAGUCCUUUGGCCCAGAUCCGUUCCCAUAAGUACAAAUCUCCCACUUGUAUCAUCCAUGGUACCCGUGAUGAUCUGGUUCCCAUUUCCCAAGCGCAGAGAACAUACGCUGCGCUUUGCGAAGUAGGUGUCGAUGCUGAGAUCCGGGUGCUAGAUGCAGUGCAUCUAUUUGAUAUAUAUCCAGAUAUGAAGCAGAACCAGGAAGCCUUGCAGGCAAUUCAAGACGGCUUUGCAUUCUUACAGAAACAUGUCAAGCCUUGA